ACUCGUCCAUUUUCCAGCUGUAAAAAGUUUAUAAAAACUGAAAUAAAUGCAAUUUUCAGCAGAAAAUCGCUGAAAAUGCGGCAAAUCGUCGAGCUAAAGUCACUUUUGACUUCGGAGCCAAUUAAAGCCAUCGAGCUCUUCGAUAGGCUCGUUGGACAAGAUGCCGACACAAUCACCCAAGAAGCCUGUGGAACCCUCGCCAACUAUAUCCGGCAUUCCAGUGUUUUUAAGCGACGGCUUCUGUUCACGGAGCUCCAAAAAUGCUCGUUUUUUGCGAAAUUGUGCAUUUCGUUUCAAUUUCACAGCUUUGAAGACACAGUUUUUCCGCGAAAAUUGAUUUUCGAACGAUUCAGCGUGUUUUGCGGUGAACUGGAAAAGGACAAGCCACAUCACCGGCACCACGUCACCGCUGUCGGAUCGAAUCGUUUCUUCAAUUUGGGACUACUUUCCGAUGGAAGCCCCGUCUCAGAACCCCGACUGGUCCCCGUGCCACGUGUAAUUCAAAUCGAGAUGACAAAUACACACACAAUAUUUUUGACUGCUGAAAAUCAGAUUUACGGCUGCGGAAAAGCUUCAUCUUUUUUGCCGGAUAAAACGGAGGAGACGGACGGUGGUUAUGUGGCACUGCCCACUUUGGUAGAAAUUCCAAAAGUUACUGGAUACGUGGCAGCUGUGAAGGUGUUCGAUGGAGGAUCACAGUUUUUGAUUGGCGGCAAAUGGUAUUGUGUUGGAAAAUGUUCGAUUUCCGGAGAAACGCGACGAAUUUCGUCGAAUUGUUUUGUUCUGGUAGAGGAGGAAAACGAGGAGAAAUUGGAGAAAAUGACGAAAAAUAUCGAUUUUUACGUGGCAAAUGUGCCGAUUGAGGAAAGGAUUGUGAAGGUAUAUCUAAAAAUGGACCAAAACGAGAUUCUGUGGGAUAGAACGAGCGAUUUCUCAGCGGAAAAGCCGAUUUCCUUCAUAAUCAAUGGAUUUCCACAAAUGGCAAUUUUCGAAUCAUUUCAACUUUUAAAUGAUGGAACUAUUUAUGCUGCGAGAAAUUCACUUUUCAAAGGAAAAUUGGAGCUAUGGAAGAACAAAGAUGACGGGUUUAAAGUGAAAAGCGGGACUGUUUUGGAGCAUUUUGACACGAAAUAUACACUUAUUGCACUGAUGGAAGAGGUUCCCGGUACUAUUGGAACAGAGUUUUUCAAAGUUUCACCAGAUGGGCAGAAUUUGAUUAUGAAGAUGGGCUACCAAAACGAACAGAAAACCGAGAAAUUCGAAUUCGAGUCUCCCAAAAUUCACAAAAUCAUCAAAAAUCGUGAAGUACAAUGUGAUCCAGUUGAUAUUCCGUUAGACUCGACUAUUCAUUUUCAUCAAAAUUAUAAUCAAGAAGUAUUGAAAUUUCAAUCGAAUCGAUUAUUAUUUCAAUGGAUUUAUCCGAAUUAUUUGUUUCAAAACGAUGGAGAUGUACAUUUUUCAAUUGAACAAUUGGAGACUGUAUUUGCUGUGGAUUUGGAGAAUUUGGAAUUCCCGAAAUACCAACCUAUAUCACCAGAAGAAUUCGUUCCCACCGACACUUCUCCCUCCGAUAUCUGGUAUUUAAAAUCCAGUGAAAAAUUGAAAAUCCCUUGUCACAAGUACCUUCUCCUACUACAUUCACGUCAAAUUGGCGCGAUGCAGAGAUUUCAUUCAAAUUAUGGGAAUUUCGGCGAUUUUAAGGAUGGUAAAUCUGAAAAUGAAGUGGAAAUUGAAGCGAAUGCUAGUGUUGAAACUGUGAAAAAUGCGCUGAGAGGGAUGAUCAAUAUUCGAACUCUUUUCAAAAUUAAGACUAUUGAGUUAAUCGAAUGCAUCAACUUCUACGAUUAUCAUUUAAUGGAUGAAAUGUUCAAUGAUUCAAUGCAUAUUCUAAUGGAAACAAUCACUGAAUUCACACUUCCAUUUCUCUACGAAUUAUUCUAUUCGUUUGAGGAAAAAGUGUUGGAGGGACUUUUGCAGAGGAAAUAUUUGAUUUCUAACUCAAUUUCCAGUGUUUUACCGCCAAAGGAGCUUCUUGUACGAUUCGCUGAAAAACUGGACACCGAUUGCCGCCGACACCACACAUUAAAAGUUCCGUCGAAAUUCAAAAAUCUAGAAAAUCUGAGCACCUAUGAGCCCGAGUACAUUGUCAAAUAUUUUCUGAAUCUCGACCAAGAUUCGGAGGAUGUGACGUGGCGAUCGAUACGUCACGAAUUCCACGACACACUUGACACGUGGCACGCGGAAGCUGUGAAGAAGAGAGAUGAGAGACGUAUGCACGGAGCAACACGGAGCAGAACGAGUAGUAUUCGGAAGGAGAGCUUUACGAAAAUUCAAAAUGUUUCGAUGACGUCAUCGCCGAUUCCAAUCGGAGGCGGCCGCUCGAAACCCGAAAGUUUCUCAAAAUCAAUCAAUAGUCCUGUCAUUCAAUCGCCACUCUCUCCCUCACCAAUCAAAGGAAUGCCAAAGUCCCGCCACGAUAGUAUUUCCAAUUCACUGGACGAUUUUCCUGAAAUGAGCAUUUCACCGUCCCCCUCGACACCGAAAUCCUCUUCCGGUGGCGGUCGCUUCGCACCAAAAGGAACUCGAUUUAAAAAGGAUUUCGAAAUUCUCGUGAAACCUUCCCAGUCACCACAGAAUCCGUGGAAAAUGGGCGGAGCUUCCGCGUCGAUUCGCGAAGAAAUUGAUCCGCAGGAGAUCCGAUUCGACGAAGUUGUGAAGAAGGAACAGAAAUUGCAGACUAAUAUACGAACCGGAUUCAAAAAAGUGCAGCUUCUACCACACGUGGAGACGGAAGAGCUCGCCGGAGCUCAAAUUUUGGAGGUUUUUCGACGAGAACUUCACGAUGAGGCGCUCAUAUGUGUGGAACUGGUGAUGAGCGACGAUUUGGAGGUGGAAAACGAGCAGAUCAUCUGGGGAAACAUGCCGGGACUUGUUCGGCGUUAAAUUUUAAAUUUUUGAUUUUUUUUUUUCUUGUAACUUGCAUUUUUUGUUUAAUUUAGUGUUUUCGGUGUUUUUUGUUGAAAUUUUCGGGUUUUUAAUAUUCAAAAAUUAAUUAAAUUAUUAUAAAAUAAAUGCAUUUAGAAAUGCGGUAUAAAUUGAAAA